GAAAGAAUUAAGAAGUGAUGUGGAUAACUAUAAAGCUGCUUAAAUGGGCACUUGAAACUCAAAGUACAGCUAGACCCAUUGUUGGAGCACUUGAAACUCACAGCAUCAAAGAUGGUGAAGGUGAUCAGAGUUCAUGAGCUCGGUGAAUCAGAGGUCCUGAAGUGGGAGGAUGUGGAAAUAGGAGAGCCAAAGGAGGGUGAGAUCCGUGUGAAGAACAAGGCAAUUGGAGUCAACUUUAUUGAUGUGUAUUUCCGCAAAGGAGUUUAUAAAGCUCCUACAAUGCCCUUCACUCCAGGUAUGGAGGCAGUUGGAGUGGUGACAGCCGUUGGCCCUGGAUUAACUGACAGGAAAGUUGGGGAUGUUGUUGCUUAUGCUGGAACACCAAUGGGCUCAUACAGUGAAGGACAGAUCCUUCCUGCCAAAGUAGUGGUGCCUGUCCCACCUUCUAUAGACCCCAUUCUUGCAGCAUGUAUCAUGCUUAAGGGUAUGACUGCUGAGUACCUUGUCCGCCGGUGUUUCAAGGUUGAAUCUGGACAUACAAUCCUUGUUCACGCUGCAGCUGGUGGAGUUGGUUCUCUAGUGUGCCAAUGGGCUAAUGCACUGGGUGCCACUGUUAUUGGAACUGUGUCAACUGCAGAAAAGGCAGUUCAAGCCAAGGAAGAUGGAUGUCACCAUGUCAUAAAUUACAAGGAAGAGGAUUUUGUUGAAGCUGUUAAGAAGAUAACAUCUGGAGGAGGAGUUCAUGUUGUCUAUGAUUCUGUGGGAAAAGAUACAUUCGAGGGAUCAUUGGCAUGUUUAAGGAGUCGGGGCUACAUGGUGAACUUUGGGCAGGCAUCGGGUACACCAGAUCCACUUCCAUUGUCAGCUCUUGCGGUAAAAUCUGUGUUUUUGACGACGCCUUCACUCAUGCUGUACAAUGAAACCCGGGAUGAAUUGCUGGAAUCUGCUGGAGAGGUAUUUGCUAAUGUGGAAUCAGGUGUUCUACGUAUCCGUGUCAACCACAAAUAUCCAUUGGCUCAGGCAGCACAGGCUCAUGCUGACCUUGAGAGCCGGAAGACAUCUGGUUCUAUAGUGUUGAUACCAAAUAGUGAAUAGCUAUAAAUCAUACAAAUACAGACCACUUCUAUGUGUUUGAUGUGUAAUGAAAAUAAGGAAUAAGAGAAGCCUGAGUUUGUAUUUCUGAGUGCUUUUACAUGAAAUUGGUUUGAGUCUGGUAUGGAGCCAACUGCCAUUGCAAAUGCUAUAUUACCUUCUUAAUAGUAAUAGAUAGGCUUCGGCCAAAUCUCUUUUCAUUUCUUUGAAA